AGGGCUCUUGAGGGGCAGGGUUAUAUCUGGAAACCCCUUAGGUGGGUGGAGUGAGCUUGGGAGGUUCAGCUACUGGUCCGCUAGGGAGGAAGGAGUUAAGUGGUGCUACUGUCACCUGAGCUGGGCAUCAAAUUACCUGGGUCCAGGUUCCUCCUGGAAAGAGGCGGAGCUGAGCCUGGCCCUGGGCUUCUGUCUGCCUCAGGCCUGGGUGAGUCCAACUGAGGAAGUCUGGGAGGAUAGGAAAAGGGCUCCUACUGGGGAUCCUCACUGACUCUCUGUCCUCAGGCUCCCCAGUAUGGCCCUGCCCCCACGCCUGGGCCCUACACCCCCCUCAGAGCCCUUCAGCCACCCGCCUGGAGCCCCUAGGGAACUGAACGCAUCUGGAUGCACCAUCUGCUCUGCCUCUGGAGAGGAGAGAAUCAGGUCAGAACAGGCGCAGAAGCUGGGGCAGGACUCCUUGGACCCUCCCGAGCCCUUCCAGGGUGGGCCGAGGGGCACUGAUUCUGCUGCUGGCCUCCCCAGAUUGCCAACGCCCCCUUCUCAUGAGGACUCGGCUGGGGCCAAACACCGUGAGCGCCCCAUCUCUGGCCGGGAAGUAUUGGAGGCUGAGCAGGACAGCCUGCAUCUUUGCCUUUUGGGGCUGGGCCUCCGGCUGCAGGACCUGGAGCAAGGCCUGGGGCCCUGGGCAUCAGCCCAGAGCAGGAUGGUCCAGCUGCAGGCCCUACAGGCAGACCUGCAUGGGGCAGCUGAACGUUUAGAUGCACUGCUGGUGUUCGGUGAGGGGCUGGCACAGCGGAGUGAGCCUCAGGCCCGGGCAUCCCUGGAGCAGGUCCUGAGGGCCUUCAGAACCCACCGAGACAGCAUCUUCCGGCAGCUGUGGCGGCUGCAGGCCCAGCUGGUGUUUGAGGAGGCCAGCACACUGGAGCAGGACUUGGAGGUCGAGGGGGACUCAGACGGGACAGGACCUGGUGGGGUCUGGGGGCCCUGGGCACCCAGUAGCCUCCCCACUCCCGCAGAGUUGGAGUGGGACCCGGCGGGGGACGUUGGGGGCCUCGGGCCUUUGGGGCAAAGGACAACCUGGACACCAGGGACUCCCUGUGAGCUGUGUGGCCGCAGGGGCCCCCAGGGCAGGGGACAAAGCCUUGAGAAUGUAAACUCAAUGGACACCAGGACUUUGCCUGUUUCCACGCUCACAGUGUCCCCAGCUCCUAGAACAGUACCUGGACAUGCUCAUGUCAGGCCUCAGCCACCGGAAACACAUAACAGGUCACCGAAGACGAUCCCUGCUCCGGAAGUCUCAGGACAAGAUGAGGCAAGUAUCUCCCAAUGUCCAGGAUGUGAUGCUGGAGGUAGACCCUGGAGCCCCAACUCCUGCAUCCAGCCGGCCCCUGACCUUCCUCCUCCUCCUCCUUUUCCUUCUGCUGGUGGGUGCCACACUGCUCCUGCCCAUGUCAGGGGGCUCCUGCUGCUCUCCUGCCCGACUGGCCAGGACACCUUACCUGGUGCUCAGCUAUGUCAAUGGUCCUCCCCCAGUCUGAGUACACAGUCCAGACAUAUGUAAUAAAUGGUCACUGUCAAA